AUGUUGAAUUCUGGAUAUCCCAAAUUGGGCCGCCCUGAGAAGCUCACAAUGCAAGGUAGACCAGAUUAUCGCGAACAAGAUAUUCUCACGGGGAAUCCUCAGGAUGUUUCUGACAUCAUCGCUUCACAGAACGAUACGACUGCUUGCCUUCUGCUUGUGUACGGCACGAACCAAGAAUGCUGCCGCACACCACUGCGAGAUCCGAAUUAA